CAUUUCGUUGGUCCGCUUUUCAUGUCAACCGGAUGCCCAGUUUGUUUUGGUCGGAAUUGCGAAGGAUAUGCAAUUGAGGCCUCGCGUUGCUGAACGUGGUGCCGUUCAAACUUAUCUUGUGUCGCCGCAAGGAGAUAAAUUGGAACUCAUACACGAGACUCCCGUGGACGAGGUUGUUGUUUACUUUUCGUUUCUUGAUGUAACGGUUUUGUAUGCAAACUGUACAUCUGAUUUGCUGACUUUUCAGCAUAUCCCUUACCUUAUAACGAACUUGAUGUCUAUGGGCCAACGAAUAUAUGUCAGCGACGUGCAGGAAUCGGUAUUCUUCGUUCGUUACAAGCAGCACGAGAAUCAGCUGAUCAUCUUUGCCGACGAUACCCACCAGCGUUUCUGUACCGCCACGUGUCUCAUUGAUUUCAACACCGUAGCAGUGGCUGAUAAAUUUGGAAACAUAGCGAUACUUCGUUUGCAAAGCGGUUGUACAGAUGACGUUCAGGAGGAUCCGACGGGCAUACGAGCUCUUUGGGACAAGGGUCUGCUGAACGGCGCUUCUCAGAAGAGCGAUACCGUUGCAUUUUUUCACGUCGGAGAGACCAUCACCUGUCUUCAGAAGGUAAAUCUGAUUCCGGGCGGCUCCGAAACCUUGACCUACACGACAUUAUCGGGGUCAAUUGGCGCCCUUGUGCCUUUUACGUCGCGAGAGGACCACGAAUUUUUCCAGCAUCUCGAAAUGCACAUGCGGUCUGAAUUUUCUCCCCUUUGCGGUCGCGAUCACCUCAUGUACCGUUCGUACAUGGGACCCGUCAAGAACGUCAUUGAUGGUGACCUUUGUGAGCAGUUUAGUUUAUUGGAGCCUUCGAAACAGGCCUCGAUUUCUGAAGAUUUAGACAGAAAUCCAUCAGAGGUGAUGAAAAAAUUGGAAGACAUCAGAACCCGCUACGCCUUCUAAUU